CUGCUUGUGCCAAAGAAUCUUUGAGGUAGCCCGAGAUCAGAGAGGAUAAAGCUAGGUAGGCCCUUGAGAAAAGCACUCCCUGAGGACACAGAUAGGUGGCAGCUGCAGUCAGGGCCCCAUCCUGCGUGCAGAAUCGUGUAGUGGGCUUGGGUGCCCCCCCCCAUGAUGUCCAGGGAAGCAUAGGUCGUAGGAAGAGAGCCAGGACCUGGGAGCCGUAAGUGGAGACUCUGGCACGCUUUCUCCAGAGGCCCAUGGGGUCUACCCUGGAACUGCCUCUGGACUUCACGGUUGUCCCUUGAUGCUGGCUGGUGUCCUGAGGGCUGUUCCUCUGUGCUGCCCCCACAGUCCCUGCACACCCCCCAAGGGCCCCGGAGCUGGGUCUGGUUGGCAUUUUAGGUGUAUGUGCCAGUGCCCCUGAGCUAAGGCUCUCCCUGACCACCCUUCCAGCUUCUUCCACGUCAUUGCGGGCGCAUUGGUAUGGUUUGUCCACUUUGCCCUUGUGUUUUGUCUGCCUGCCCCUCUAGAGGGUUAGCUCCAUGAGGACAGAGACUCCAACUCCCUUAGCACUGGAUAUGCUGAUGGGUAAAUGAGAAUGGUGGUGAUAACAGUGAACCCCUGGGGCUGUCUCCUGGUACAGUCCUGGUGGAGGUGGGUUUGCAGCUAUGGGAAUGGAGGGAGGCUGGCUGGACCCGCCCAGAGCAGCAGGAACGAGGGACUUCUGCAGGGAAGUUUCCAGGGUAAUGGGGUAGGGGCUGUGCAAGUCUCUGGAGCCUGUUUUUGGCUCCUUUAAGGCUGCAGCCCCCCAGUGUUCUACCUGCCCUGAGAAUACUCCCCUGACACCUCUGUCUCUGAGCAGUCUGGGGUCCACUGGGGCCUGGCUCCUCCCUCCUCCAUCCAGCCUCAUUUGACUCAUCCAGCAAACUUCCUAAACCUGGACAGAGCGUCAGGCACCAGUGAAGGCCCUGGUGCUGCAUGCCCCAACUCUGCAGCCCUGUCCAGGACAGCUCUAGCCUCCCAAGUGUGGGCCAGCCCCUGCCCGCUUGUCCAGGCCAGGGAGCAGGAGGGGGAAGCGCUUGUGGGCAAAGUUGGACAGUUCAGUUCUGCCUCCAAGUGCCUCUGGACAGGGAGGCAGACACACCCUUGUUACCUGGGCCGGCCAGGAGCGGCCCCUCUUCAGGUGUGUGAGCCCCAUCUGGAAUCUUCUCUUCCCUGAGCCUCCGUGUUGUUAGAAGCCAGGAGGAAAGCUGGAAAGGAGGCUGAGGACCUAGGGAUGCAGACCGCUUCACACACUGCAGUAAAGAUCUUUUGGCUGACCCACCCUUGCUGAGGCUGGGGCUGAACCCAUUCUCUCUCCUGCUGCCAGGCUAGAGAAUGACUGUUUCCCCCUGGCUGAACACACAGCACUGGGUGGCCUUGGGGGAUUAACUGGAGCCUACCCCUGGAGGGGGUGGGGCAGGUGGAUAGAGUUUCAGGUUUGUUUAUGCCUCUAGAAGGCACCUUGGGGCCAAGAGUGUGACGCCCAGCGCAGCAUUGACAUUCAGCAAGACUUGGCCAGGAGAGACCUCAGAUUUCCCUGUCCUGUAGGGGUGUAGGAGAGGAUUGGUUUCACAGUCCCAAGCAGGCCUGGGGUCUGGAGUUCUUUCCAUGGUGUUCUAGGAGGGGUGCACUGUGGUCCUCAGCAAGCACUGGGCCAGCAGUGCAGCAGCCGGUGCACAGGCCAGGGCAGGCCUGAGGUCUGCCAGGGCCACAGGACACUGUUCUUUUCAGCAGGGUCAGUGCUAUUAAUAUCAGGAAAGUGCACAGCCCCCAGCCGGGUGAUCCUCUUAAUGCCCGUGGCCUCAGCCUCUGAGGCCGGCAGUGAGUGCUGUUCCUUCCACACGGGAGGCUCUUCGGACCCAACCCCAGCUUCUCACCUGCAGCACUUCCUGCCCACGCAUGGAGGGACAGUUCAGGUGUCUCCUGAGCUGUCCAAGGGGGCCACUGUGGGUCUAAGUGGCCCUGUGGAGAUGCUCCUGCACACACCUGGGAUCACCCUGCUGUCCACUGUCCCCUGUGUCCCAGCCAUGAGCAGCCCCCCAGCUUACCCUGGCAUCAGGAUCUCGGGAUGCUGGGCCCUCGGAGCAGAAGGCAGCAAUGCGGAGUCCUUGGACAGGCUCCUCCCAGCUGUGGGCACCAGGCGCUCGCCCCGGAAGCGCACCACCAGCCAGUGCAAGUCUGAGCCGCCCCUGCUGCGCACCAGCAAGCGCACCAUCUACACAGCCGGGCGGCCGCCCUGGUACAACGAGCAUGGCACGCAGUCCAAGGAGGCCUUCGCCAUCGGCCUGGGAGGCGGCAGCGCCUCCGGGAAGACAACCGUGGCCAGGAUGAUCAUCGAGGCCCUGGACGUGCCCUGGGUGGUCUUGCUGUCCAUGGACUCCUUCUACAAGGUGCUCACCACGCAGCAGCAGGAGCAGGCUGCCCGCAACAACUUCAACUUUGACCAUCCAGACGCCUUUGACUUUGACCUCAUUGUGUCCACCCUCAAGAAGCUGAAGCAGGGCAAGAGUGUCAAGGUUCCCGUGUACGACUUCACCACCCACAGCCGGAAGAAAGACUGGAAAACGCUCUACGGUGCAAACGUCAUCAUCUUCGAGGGCAUCAUGGCCUUUGCUGACAAGACACUGCUGGAGCUCCUGGACAUGAAGAUCUUUGUGGACACAGACUCUGACAUCCGCCUCGUGCGACGGCUACGUCGGGACAUCAGCGAGCGAGGCCGAGACAUCGAGGGUGUCAUCAAGCAGUACAACAAGUUCGUCAAACCUGCCUUCGACCAGUACAUCCAGCCCACCAUGCGUGUGGCAGACAUCGUGGUGCCCUGGGGGAGCGGGAACACAGUGGCCAUCGACUUGAUCGUGCAGCACAUGCACAGCCAGCUGGAGGAGAGGAAGCUGCGCUGGGAUAUGGCCGCACUGGCCUCGGCGCACCAGUGCCACCCUCUGCCUCAGACGCUGAGUGUCCUCGAGAGCACGCCUCAGGUGCGAGGCAUGCACACCAUCAUCAGGGACAAGGAGACCAGCCGUGACGAAUUCAUCUUCUACUCCAAGCGAUUGAUGCGGCUGCUCAUUGAGCAUGCGCUCUCCUUCCUGCCCUUCCAGGACUGCGUCGUGCAGACCCCGCAGGGGCAGGACUACGCGGGCAAGUGCUAUGCGGGGAAGCAGAUCACUGGCGUGUCCAUCCUGCGGGCCGGUGAGACGAUGGAGCCCGCGCUGCGGGCCGUGUGCAAAGACGUGCGGAUAGGCACUAUCCUCAUCCAGACCAACCAGCUCACUGGGGAGCCCGAGCUCCACUACCUGCGGCUGCCCAAGGACAUUAGUGACGACCAUGUCAUCCUGAUGGACUGCACCGUGUCCACGGGCGCUGCAGCCAUGAUGGCCGUGCGGGUGCUCUUGGACCACGACGUGCCGGAGGACAAGAUCUUCUUGCUGUCGCUGCUCAUGGCGGAGAUGGGUGUUCACUCGGUGGCGUAUGCUUUCCCGCAAGUGAGGAUUCUCACCACAGCUGUGGACAAGCGCGUCAAUGACCUCUUCCGCAUCAUCCCUGGCAUCGGGAACUUCGGUGACCGCUACUUCGGGACCGACGCUGUUCCUGACGGCAGUGAUGAGGAAGAGUGGCCUCCACGAGCGAGCCUGAGCGAGCCUGAGCGAGCCUGAGCCCUCCUGCCCUCGCCCCCACCCAGCCUCUUCCCGCCUCGCGUGGCCUUGCUUACAGAGAUGUCGUAACUUAUUUCAGUUUAAAAAAAGACGUUACCGCUGUAACUCACUCUGUACGUUUUAUAAAAUAAAGUUCAGGGAAAUGAA